AUGUCAAAUAACAAUGAUGUUGAUGUAGCAACAUUACUCAAUAGUGCUUCGAUUGCCAGUGACACUGAGAAGAUCGAUCUUCUCGCCAGUGCCUUUGAGUUGAUGUCUCAUCGUGAUACAGCAUUGUUAAAUGAAUACUAUACAAGUUUGAUUCAAUUUGCACUCGAUAGCACAGUGCAAAUCAAGAAACAAAUCAUUGGAUUCAUAGAGCUAACUUGUAAAUCUAAACCUCAAUGUAAUGUAUCAAUAAGUAAAGAUAUCUUAAAGUAUCUACUCGGUCAAUCACCACAAGUCAUUAAACGAACUAUUCUUUGUUUUACAAAUUUGGUUAGAUCUCUAUUAUCUUAUACAUUGACAAGUAAUAAUAAUGAUGUUGGUGAUGUUUGGAGCUCAUUCAAUGAGCUGAGAAGAUAUAUAUUGGAUCCAAGUUGUAGUAUUCUAUCGAUUAGUGAUUCAACGAUGGCUCAUUCUUUCAAGUUGUUGGAGAUUCUGAUAUUGUGUUACUCUGUUAGCAAUGAAGCUAUGGGAUCUAGUGGAACGAGUAGUAGCACCGUGGUACAACGACGUUACCGUUCAGACGAAGAAUUCUCACUCGAUCGUGUGCCACCCGUUCACAACCUCCUGAACAGACAACAACUUCAAAAAGACUGUACAUCCUAUCUCAACACAUUGCUAGAUCAUAUUGUAUCAUUAGAUUCAAUGUUAAAGAAUACAUUGGUAUCACCAUUUGUACAGGAUUUGAGUAGGGCAUUGAGCAGUAUUGAUGUAUCGCCAAAAGAGAUUGACGAAGCAUCUAGAUGGUAUCGUGGUGAACCAGAGAAGAAAAAGAGAUUAAAUGAACAACCAGAUAUAAAUAAUAUGAAGAAAUUGAAAUCUGAACAACAACAACAACAGCAGAUUCAACAACAACAAACACAACAACAACAACAACAACAUUUAUUACAACAACAACAACAGCAACAACAAUUUCAACAAUUUCAACAAAAUAACAAUGGAUAUAUCAAUAAUAACAAUAAUAGAAUACCAUCACCGAUUAUAUAUAAACCAGGUAUUCAUUUAGAUAAUGAAACUCAAUUAAAAGUUAUUUCAUCACUCGAAUCACUUAGACCUGAUUUCGUUGCUGAUCUCAUUAUAGAGAACAUGAAUAUAUCACCAUUUUUUAGUUUACUUCAAAAUAUACAACACAAUCAAAACACAGACAAACUCUUUCAAUUUGUAAAUUCCUAUCAACAACCAAUACAAUCAUUAUCUUCACCACCACCAUCAUCAACAUCCUAUCCAUAUCCACCCAACAACAACAACAUGUUGACAUCACCACCAACACCAAUCAUUCCACCACCAACUUUUAAAUCAGCGACAACCAACGAUCCAAGACGUAAGAGUGAAUCACCUCCACUACCAAUUGGUAUGAUCGAUAACAAUAGCGUUGGUUCAGCUAUUUCUUCGAUUGGAAUACCGAAUGCAGCAAUGACAAUGCCAAUGGAUACAAGUCAACCAUCUACUUCAACAACACUGUUGUCUCCUACAGCUAAACCAAUCGAUGUCUAUGAAGAGGAGCAAGAACAAGAAGAACCAGAGUUGGAUAAGUUGUUAGAGUCAGAAGAGUUGUUGGAUCAGGACAAAGAACAAGAUGCAAAUGCUGGAAUUGGAGCUGUUAGCAAGCCUGACAAUGAUAAUCCCGAUGGUCUCGAUUCGAAUGAAAUGCGUGGCGUCACUUCCACUUCCACGACAUCGACAACAACGACAACAGCAUCGACGACAACAGCAUCGACUUCCGAUAUUACUCAGGGAUUCUCUAUCAAUCCAACAUUUAAGAUUCCCACUUUAAACACAGAUCAAAUCAAUAAUAUAAUUGACCGUUCGAUGCAGAGAUUGAAACACUCUGAGAAAGGAGCGAUCCAAGGUGGCAAGAAACUGUUGUGGUCAUCGCUGUUUGCCAGGCUACUAUCGGUGAACGAACGUAAGGAAUCGAACGCCAAUCACCUCCUCCAGAAUCAGAUGAUCGAAUAUAUCCUCGAGGAAUUUUGUCUAUUCAAUCAUGCUGUCGAUCCGAAUGAAUUCAUUCGCGCGAAUACCGUGCGUGUCCUAAGCGAAGAGUUGUUUAAAUUCGCAUCACUCUCACAAAAGAUAGAGUUGUUUGUCAUCGACCAACUUCUCUCGGUGUUACCGCAGCCAGACGACCAAUCAAUGAACCAAGAUAAACCGACCAUCAACAACAAACUGCAACUUUUCUUUUCGAUAUGCGCCAAGAAGCCGUCACUCCUAACCGAGGUAAUCGAAUGCUAUCCACGAUGUACAGACGCAGUCAAAGAUAUGAUUGUUGAAAUGAUUGGACCUGUUGUUUCCUCGAUUGGACAAGCGAACGAAUCGUUACUUCAAAUCAUCCAAGUAUGUCCGGUUGGAUCUGAAAAGUUAGUCUAUCAAAUUAUUGAUAGUUUAUCAACUUCAAAAGCAACAACAACAACAACAACAUCAGAUUCAGAAGUAUCAACAACAACAGCUGCAGCGGAACAACCAUUAUUAUCAAAAGAAUUUGUUCAAUCUGUUAGAACACUUUCGAAAUCAACAAAGGAUGUUAAAUUCUUGUUGCCUGUUGUCAAUGGUUUGGACAAGUCAGAGAUCAUUGAGAUGCUGCCAACCUUUGUUAUGCCACCUUCCGAUAUUGCCAAUGAUUCAAACGAUCGAUACCUGCAUCAAGAAUACCGAUGUUUUCCGACAGGAGACACUGGCCGUAACCAUUCAACAGCUUAUAGUUCAACCUACGCUGCCCAAGACACUGAUGAGAACAAUGCUUCAGGCACUCCAGAAAUUCCCGCAUCUCAAACAGUUCAUUGUCGAUAUGCUUCGUUAUCAACAGCCAACAACAACAACUAA